AGACUAGGUGGGAGAGAUGAUGAGACUCGACGCGCAGGUUAAAGAGAAAUUGUCAGAAGCAUUGGGAGUCAUUUGUGUGCAGGAACUCCGUAUGCCCAGAGGUGUGCCUUUUUUCUCUCCUAUUCAAAUUUUAAACGUACAAAGAUUAGGAAGGUGAGAGAUACUCCAAGAGUGAUUACUUAUGUGGUGUUGUGAUGUGUUAACAAUUAUUGGAUUAAAACAAAAAGGGAUGAGAGACUCAUCGCUGAGCAAGGGGUAAAAUUUCGCUGAACCGGUUUUCCGACGGAUUCUGCUGAGAAACAUUACGUGACCAAAAAUUAAGUGUACGCUCACGAUUAGACGGUUGAUUCAUCUCACGCUUGUUGCUUGUUAAUAUGCAAUGCGUAUUUUUCAAGACUGGUGAAGAGUGUGUGUAAUCAGCGUUUCUGGGAUUUUAAUCAAGUACAACCGCACGCAGGCUUCAUGGACGAUACGGUCAAUAGGACAGAGACAGCAUCUGCGAAAGUGAAACCAAAAAUUGGACAGUACCAGACGAAUUGCAGUGUCGCACAAACCACAAUUGUACCAGAAUUAUUGAUUGGUCAAUCGAAGAAGGCGAGUUCAUCAAUUCUUUCAAAUUAUCGGGAUUUAUCGAAUCAUCAUAUUGAAAAUCACAAUUCUCCGGAAAGUAUUGACAGUGCCAUUGAGGAAGAAUUCACUUGUAAAGUAUGUUACAAAGUAUUGAGAUCCGCGAGUUCCUUGGAGCGACACAUCCUCGUGCAUUCUGAUGAGCUACCCUUCAAAUGUAAUCCUUGCGACAUGGCUUUCACCAGCAACGGAAACAUGAACAGACACUCGAAAAUUGCUCACAAUCGUCUCUCAUCGCACAGUUGUUCCGAUUCCGAGGCCAGCAAUGACUCGGAAUCGCCGACAAAGAAAAUCGAGGAAUACAAUAAUAACGAAAUUGCCAAAAGAAAUUCCCCGGAUCUCAUUAACGAAAAUGAAUCUCUUAAUUUGUUGAAGAGAAAGUCCCUUGACUACACUGAGGAUUUGUCGCCGCAGAAAAAAUUCAAGAACAACUUAACGGAGAGUCAGAUUAACUACACUUGUCCCAUUUGCGGAAAGCAAGAUUUCGCCAGCAGUUCACUUUUGGAAAUACAUCUCGAGCAUCAUCACUUGGAGAUCGACAAGUGUGAAUCGGACAAUUUGUCCUACAAAUGUCACAGGGUUCUCAAUCUUCAUCGAUCGGUCAACAACAUCAACGAGAAUUCCUACAGGAAUGCCACCAGAAACCUAAGACAUUCAGUGGAGGGUUUUGGUGACUUGACCUUCGUCGAUUUCACCUCAACCAAAUAUCCCAUGAUCGCUAGAGCGAAAUGCGAGGAAUUUCUGCACAGACCAGCUUCGGGGGAAAUGGCCAAGUUCCAGUGUGCAAAGUGCCUGAGAGCUUUUCCCUGCAAGUCAGCUUUGGACUCCCACGAGAUGGAUUGUGGAAUUCCAAACGUUCACUGGAAGGGAAACGACUCCCAGUCGCGGAGGGACGACUUCUUCGCGGGACUGAAUCUUCAAAACAAAGCGGCCAUGACAGAAGCGAAAGACGGAAAGGACCUCGCCGACAUUCAAAGCAUCAUCAGCAUCACGUCGAGUCCGAUUCUUCACAGCUUCUCCAGAUCCGACGCCAGCACCCCGGACAAUUGUAGCAACAAAAUUAAUCAAAACGUCGGGUCGUCUGGUUCAUCGGGAACUGUUUCCUCCGAAUGUAACGAGGAGGAGACCCAAGACGCCUUCGCCGCCGAAUUCAGGAAAAUGAAACUAAAAGGCGAGUUCCCCUGCAAACUUUGCGACGCAGUGUUCCCAAAUCUGAGAGCCCUGAAGGGUCACAAUAGAGCUCACAUGGGAGUUCCUCCCGGAAUGCCGUAUCCCUGCAACAUCUGCAAUUACACCAGCACUGACAAAACAACUCUCACAAGGCAUCUGAAGACGCACAACGGCGACAGACCCUUCGAGUGUGCCCAGUGCACCUACGCCUUCACCACCAAGGCCAACUGCGAGAGACACGUGAGAAAUCGCCACGGGGUCCACGACAAGAACGAAGUGCAGAAGACAAUCAUUUACCACCCGACUGAAGAUCUGACGAACGAGGGUCUCGACAGGAGCCUCCCCAGACCAGUCAAAGACGAAGUGAGAAAAACCCUCGUCUUUCCCAAAGAAGAAAAUUACCACAAUUCCUACACCGUCAUGCACAUGCAUCAGGACAUUAAGGUCAAGGACGAGAAGAAGCCCGAGCCGAGUAUUAAUCCCGCAUCUCAACUAAAUCCCCUGAACCACUUGAACCACAUCAGCCAACUAAGUCAGAUAAACCACAUGAACAUGCAGGCGAACCACUACGAACAGUCGGAAGUGUUCCCCAGACCACGGUCUGUCCAGCCCCUCGAGUUGACCUACAGAAGUUCCCCACAGCAUCCAAUCGUCAAGUCUGAAUACCCCAGACUGGAGGAAGACCUUGAGUCGAGGUCAUCGGAGGGCAGCGUAUCUCUAGUCAGUGAAACCAAACCGGACACACACCAAAGAAUUCAAGCCAAUCCGAUGAACCUGAAAAAAUCGAGUGAUUCCUCCAGCGACGACGGACCUUUGGAUCUCUCCAUGGACGUACUCGACCUCAGCAAAAAAUCCAAAGACAAGGAAGUGAACGGCAAAUCCGAAGACCACGUCGAGGACCAGAAAGACUUCUACAACUCCGCAAAUCCUCUCCUCCUGACCCAAGCCCUCCUCAAGGCGCGUCAAGUCAACUCUCCCCCAACGUCCCUAGAAGCCCUCUACGCCAACGCCCACGCCAACAUGAUCUACAACAACCUGGCCCUCAGCUCCGGUACCGGCCUCAUCUCCCCCUACUUUCUCAACUCCAUCUUCGAGCAAGGCUACGCCAUGAAGGAGCGCCUCCAGAAGGAACUAGCCCGAGGUCUCCAAACCAGCGGCGGCUCCCUCGUCGAGCAACCGAGCGAAAGUGCCGCCUUCAACAACAACUAUCCCCCCUCAGGCCGAACCCCCCAACCAAGGGAGGAGCAAAUCCCCUAUCCCAGUCUGAUCCCGCCAAACGUCUCCAGUAGAGUAGUCUCCCCCAGGGAACGAAUCAGCGAAUCCCCCUCGUCGAACUCGGUGAAGAUGGUCAUCAAGAACGGAGUCCUCAUGCGCAAACAAAAGCAGAGACGCUACCGAACCGAAAGACCCUUCACCUGCGAAUACUGCUCCGCCAAGUUCACCCUCAAGACCAACAUGGAGCGACACAUCAAGCAGCAACACAACGAACUCUGGCACCGAAGACCCCGGGGCGGACACUCCACCCGAGGUCGACCCCCAGCCAGACCCCCAACUCUCCUCCAAAACGUCGGCUCCAAUUCUCCCAGUUUCAUCCGAAGCAAAUCUUCAAAUUCAUCCUACGAACCUCCGGUACAAAAGGAAGAAGACUUUGCCCGACAUCCAAUUUCCGAUCAAGUCAAGUACGCGAUUCUCGCUCAGCAACUCAAGGGCAACAAGGGCGACGAGGCUCAAGACUCCGACGAGGAGCUGGUCAUCGACGAAGAGGCCAGCGAGCACAGCAAAUCAAUCAGUCUGCUCCGUAAAAAUCUGGAACACUCCGAAAAAGAGUGGAAAGAGGAAGAAAAGGAAGAAAGAAAGGAGGAGGAAGUACCAGAGGCGAAAAUCGACAAUGGGGAUAAAGAGGAAGAAAAAGAAGAAGACGACAAAGAAGAAGAAACGGAAAAAGAGACCGAAGAAAGGGGGAAAACCGAAGAAGAAGCUGUCGAUCUCGCCAGUGUUCCAAAGCUAAUCCAAACCGCGUCGCAAAAAUACCCGCAGUUCAAGUCCCAGUAUCUUAGCGACGAAGACGGUGUCGCGCACUCCAACAGCGAACACUCCGGCAACCACUCCGGGAGUACGGACGAAAAAUCCGAAAACUCUUUGACUUCAUUGAAGAAGAAGAAAAAGAAGAAGAAAAUGAAAGCCUCGGCCUACUCCAUGGCGCCGAACCGCGUCAUCUGCAAAUACUGCCACCGCGAGUUCCCCUGGAUCUCCUCCCUCCGUCGCCACAUUCUCACCCACACCGGAGUGAAACCCUACCGCUGCGACUACUGCAUGCUCGACUUCACCACAAAAUCAAACUGCGAUCGCCACCUGAACCGCAAGCACAAGAGCCUUCUCCAACGCUCCAACGCCCGAAACAUCCGCAACUCCUCCUCGCCCGACAAUCACGAUUCGCGAGUCACAAACAACAACAGUUUCUCCACGAGAAACGUCCCCGAACGACCCUACAAAUGCAACCAGUGUCCCAGCUCAACAUUCGCCACCCUCGGCAAUCUCAAGAAACACCGCUCCACGAAGCACUCGAGGAAAAUGAAUUCCCGAUCUGAAACGUCUUCCAGCGAUCCUCAACACUCGGAUCAUUGUCAGAAGCAGAACGAUCACAGCGGCGACGAUGGUGGAUCGUCGAGUUCGGAGAAUGUCGAGACAUCGUCGCCGAUGGAACUUCAUAAGGCUAAUCAGAAUACUUCUUCCUCGACCAAUGAGACGGCGAGGUCUUGUCGAACUUCGCCCACCUCUUCGCCAGGGCCCACGGACACGCCGUUCAAGUGUCAUAUUCCGAAUUGUGACAAUGGGUUUGCUGAACGGCAGGACUGUUUGGAUCAUAUUCGAAUGCAUCAUGAGAGGGAGUACGAGAUUUUGGUGUCCAAGGGGGCUUUGCAGAUGGGAAUCACUUCGACUGAGGAGCAACAACCUCCGCCUAAUCAACACUCGAGUGAUGGGCCCAGGAGUCUGGACUAUAAAGACAGAAAGGUUGUCUGCGCCUUCUGCAUGCGACGAUUCUGGUCGGCCGAGGAUCUCCGACGCCACGUGAGAACUCACACUGGAGAGAAACCAUUCUGGUGCGAUAUUUGCGACAGGCGAUUCACCCUGAAGCACAGUAUGCUUCGUCAUCGAAAGAAGCACGAAUCAGUCGACUCGACAAUGUACAUUGGCAGUGGCGAUGAGGAAAUAUCUCCAAAUCAACCGCCAACAAUCACCCCAAGAAGCCAACAGCAAUCACCAGCUUCAAUUGCCGUAACCACUGGCAAUUCAAUGAUUGCCGAAAGAAUGUCCCUACCAACUGUGGCCACCAUUGCUACCGGAGACGCUGCUCCCAGCAGUCUAACGAGGUUCAAUCCCUACGAGAAACUUGCGACUCUCACCAGUAAAUUGUCAAAUGCCCAGAGCAAUCACGACGCAACGGAAACUGGUAACGAUCUGAUCUCCAAUUUACUGGGAAUCAAAGAUCCCGGUAUUGUCGAUAAAAUGCUCCUUGCUACUCCUGACGAUGCUGCUAAACUAUUGGGAGUCAAGGGCAAUAGUGAGUAAAUUUUUUUUUUUUUGCCCCUUUAACAUAAACGCAGGAUUAGAAUUUAUUGUAAAUUUUAUUGACAAUUGUCAGGAUAAAAAUUAGCUUUUCAGGUUUACAGUUUCUUUACAUGUAAUAUAUUAUUAUAUUUAAUUUUACAAGAUUUAUAUUUUAUCAUCAUCUCUUUAGAAUUGAAACUAUCAUUGUCUCUAUUAUUUCUAUUGCAUUGUGUACACACUCGUGCCUUAGAGAUAGUGUUUAAAACUUUAAAUUGAAAAUUCACGGUUUAUAACUGUGGACAAAAAAAGUCUGUAAGUUCUCUUAUUAAAAACGUAGUGGAAAAUAAUCAUUCAUAAUUGUAGAAUUUAGUGUGUGUGUGUAAAUAAGCACUUUUUUGUGAAUACGUGAAAGCAAUUUCCAAUUAAUGUUGGUUUAAAAAUACUUUGUAUUUUAUAUUCAGAAAAAAUACUUUGUAUUUUAAGGCAAUAUUUCAGAUUUUCAUAUUUCACAAAGAUAUUGAUAAUAUCAAUUUCUCAAAAUAAAUUAAAUUUCAUUAUUUAAUGUUCUGAAAGUAUUUUUAAUUACAUGCCUUUUGCGAUAAUUACCAUUGCAAAGGGCAUGAAAUUAUUUUUGAAAAAAAUUAGCUAAACAAAACAGACUUUUAUUAUUGUUUAAUGCACGAUUUAAAAGAUUAUACAUUAUAAUUAAGUUAAUUAAUUAAGUUCGUUAAAAUCAUUGUAAAUAGACUAUUUAGAUUUAAGAAUAAGUAAAUUAUAAGUUGCGUUACACUUUUCGCCAAAGUUUCAUAAAACAACGAAUUGUGUAGACGAGAGUAUAAAAAUGGAAUUAUGGAACUUUAACGAAAAUUAAAUAAGAAAAAAAAUCUCUCUUUCAUAGGAAGAUUCCUAACGUCGUCCGAAAAGACAUUAGUUGUUAAGAAGAUAAAUAAAAGCUGUUUGUUAAGAUAGUCUCGUCUGAGAAUGUUAAUUAUUUAAUUAAUAACAUGAUAUAUUUAAUUCAUUAUUAUAAAGUAACUAAAAAAGAGAGAGAGAGAGAGAAAUGAUAGAAAAAGCAAACCAGAAAACAAACAAUUGUUUCGAGGAAUGUUAUAUUUGAAUCCAAAGAAACUUUUUAUUGACAAAUUAAGGAUAGCCAUAUAUAAAUAUAAAUAUUAUAUUUCGGUUCUAUUUAUUAUUGUAUAAAUUAAUAGUCUUCGUGUCUCUUCAUGAAAGCAACGACUGCAAUUAAAGGUGCGUUCCUAACAAAGGUGAUUAGAACUAUUGUAAUUUAUUCUUAUUAAAAGCGAGAAGUCAGUCAUAGAGAACGCACUGCUACAAUUAAGCCAUAGAAAUAAUUUUAAAAGUCAAUAUUUCUUUUAAAAAAAAAUUAUUAAUGUUCAUCUGUUUAUAAAAUUUUCUUAAAAAGAAAAUUAAAUAUUCAUUGCAACAAGGUCUCUUAAUUAUUACUG